UAGAGCAAUAUGAUAUAAAGACACAGUGUGGAGGAAUGCUCAGAGGACCAUUCAUGUCAUCCUCCAUAUGCAUGUUUGUGUUGCUGUGUUGUAUAAUGAAUGAGCCCGGUAUCAUUGUGUCAUUCUAACCCAUUAGAAAGAGCCAGAGAGAAUAGAAAACCAGAUGAAUAAUUGAAGGUAAAUCAGUUGAGACCUGCGUUCCCUUCCUACUCUCAGUUGGAUGAAGCCAGGAUCUUCAACUGAGCCCUUCAAAAAAAACUGUGGGAAAGAGUGAAGAAGAGGAGCAACAGCCUGGAUUUUGAUUUCUACAAUUUUCUUGAGUUCUUUUUUUAUUUUUUAAUAAAGAGGUGACUGGACUCAGGAUCAUCAUGAUACCAUGGUGGCCCAACUGCUAGGGCUGGCCUUACUUUACCUCACAACCAGUCCAGUUCCAUUUGCAGCAAAUGGCAUGUCAGUGUAUCCUGUCCCAACGUCAGCGGUGGAGAUUAACCCCAACUGGGAGGUGGUGUACCAGGACACCAAUGUUUAUGGGGUGGUGGGCAAAGCUGUGAUCCUGGAGUGUGGUCCCACUGUGCCUGAUAUGUACAUAUGGAGCUUCACUCAGCCCGGCACCGAAGCCAUAAGAGCUGUGGUGUAUAACCUGGGUAAAGGUCCGAGGAUCCAGAAGUUGGCCGAGACCUUGGGACAGAUAACAAUCAUCUCCAACAGUGCGGCUGUGAGCAUUGAGAAGCUGCCUCUAGCUGCUCAUGGCUUGUUCACCUGCCAAGCCUUCUACGACAUAGAGCGAGAGCCCAAAGUCUACUAUUACUACGUGCACCUUACUGUUCGAGUCCCGGUCAGUAAGCCUAACCUCCUGCUAAGUGAUGCAUCUCCUGUGGAGGGAUCCACAAUGUGGAUGCGCUGCAUUCUGGAAAAUGGGACAGAUCCAAUCAAGUACACGUGGCAACAUGAAACCCGCAAUGGCAACAUCACAGUGAUUGCUCAGGGCAGCAGCAGCAUUAUCAACGUGACUGACGUCAACAGGAACCACACGGGCUGGUACCGCUGUGUAGCCACGAAUGCUGUUAAUACCGACAGCUCCAACCGGUUAUGGCUGGACACCAUCUUUGGUCCAGACCUUCCUGAGAUAAACGUGACUCCGUUCAGCAUCACAGAACGAGGAUACUCAGCUCUGGAAAGAGAGACUGUUUCUUUGCUGUGUCAAGCCCAGUCUAAUCCAGCCAGUCAGUACGUUUGGUUCUACAACAACUCCCAGGUCUACACUGGUCCACAGUUCACCAUCACCAAGAUCCUCCGUAUGCACACCGGCGACUACGCCUGCUUAGCCCAGAACACCUACCUCAACACCCGUUCGAAAAAAACCAUCAGCCUGACUGUGUACUACCCUCCUGAUGGAUCCCCCAUUUGCUCUGUGGAACCGGCUCUAAAUCACACCUCUCUCAAACUGAUCUGCUCCUGGCCUGGUGGAUUUCCCUCUCCUGGCCUCCAGUGGAAAGGAGAUCUCAUGCAAGAUCUUUUUGACAUGACACAGCAAACAAAAGCAUCUAAUGGCUCUGCCAUCCUGCUCCCCUCUGGAGGCCUGAUUCCCAACAACAGCUUGUUUACCUGUGUGGGCUCACAUCCUGCCCUGAAACAGCAGACAGAGUGCAGCACACGCACAGUUCUUCCUCCUGCAGAGCCGCUGUGUUUUGCCUACGUGACCAACAGCCAACAGUACCUGAUGUUAUCCUGCUCCUGGGAUGGAGGGGCACCAAAAGCUUUGGUGUGGUGGGAGGGCCCUGGGGGCCAAAGCAAAGGUGGACAAGAAAACUCCAACAUCCUGGUCCUUCGCUACGGCACUGCUCGCAGUGGAAAACCCUACACCUGCUAUGCUCAGCAUCCACUUUUGCUCCAACCCAAGACCUGCAGACUGACUCUGGAGGCCCCCGUGUUGCUGACACAACGCAGAGUCGUCUCCGUCUACGAAGGAACUGAUGUGCAGCUAACCUGCAAUCUGAGAGCUAACUAUCUUCCCGUCAACGAAAUCACCUGGUUCAACAAUCGAGGUGCCGAUAUCCAGGACACGUCAAAGUACAUGCUGCUGCGAACAUCUGCGUGGGCCAAUCUGACCGUGAGAGACACAGAUGAAACUCAAGACAGUGGAGAGUACAGGUGCUCCACUUCAAAUGCUGUUGGAGGAGCAGAAAUCAACGUCACCCUGCUGGUUAAGAGACACCCCAUGCCGCCCAAUGCAACCCUGAUCAAAGCGACAUACAACAACAGACAAAGAAACCAGGUGGAGCUGGAGUGGCAGGUGGAGACUGAGGCAAACGGAGGAUGGACGGGCUUUUCUCUUGAACACCGCUUGGUGUCGGAGCGACCAGGAAAGGGAAGAAAUAUCAACGGCUCCCAAAAGCAGACGGAGGAGAAGGCAGUAGCCACAGACUGGUAUCAAAACAUCAUCCAAGAUCCGAAUGCGAGGAGUCACACAGUACAAGGGCUGACACCGACCUUUACAUACCAGUUUCGCAUCAUGUCUAUUAACUACCAUACCGUCGGAUACCCCUCUGCUGCAAAGACUCCAGCGGAACCCCGCAACAACAUGUACCCUGCUGUGAUUGGAGCAGCUAUAGGCGGGAUGCUCUUUGCAGCCAUUCUGACGGCUCUGCUGCUCGUGUACAUCAUCCGCAACCGCAACAACAACCCCCGACUGCAUGACAUGUUGUUUGGCUCGCAGCACAGCCAAUCCAGGGAGAACAUCAACUUCCCCGAGGAUGAGGUGGUCAGUGGCUUAGAAGGAGGAGGAAGAGAGGAUAGAGGUGGAUCAUCCAGUCCAGGUCCAGCGAUUGCGAUACCCCGAGCAGCCUCACCGCUUACCAUCCCCCCUCCGAGUGCCACUCCAAGCCCCACCCCCACACUCCAAGCCCCUCCCACAGAUGAUAAUGAACCUGUGAACGUCACCAUCACAGUCAAGGCUACAGGCUCGUAGUGAUGCUGAUCACAGCCGAAGGGUCUAACAGCAUUAAACGAAAAUAAAACCCAGCUAAUCGCGUUCACCUUACAGUAAUGUCAGAUGAUUGAACUUUUUUUAAAAUGUUACUUAGCGCAGAGUCAUUUUACAAGAGGAGAGGAUGUUUGUUUCGCCCACAUUGGUCACAUUUUUCCACAAUAGAUCUUUGUUAGGAAGAAUGCAGCACGCAAA